UAUGUCGUAUUUGUGAGUGAAUUGUGCCCAGCUGUUGCCAGCAAUGCCAGCUGUGUGCGCGAAGUAGUUUGUUAAAUUACGUCUCUCAAGUCUAUCUUUUGGGAAAACUGCAUUUCUUUCCAGUUCUGUAAUAAAUAAAUUGGCGGGACAAAUACACUCAGUUCUACAAUGACAUCAAAAUUGAGGAACAGAGAUUGCGCGAAUAAAAUCAGACAUGGCUCGCCAAAGCUGCAGGAGGUGCUGCGAGAGAAAUGUCGCCAGAGAAUGCGAGAGAAGCGAGAUCAAUUAUUUAACAAACGUAGAUUUGGCUUGGAACUUAACUCGAGACACAUGCAGGACACAUUGACAGAAAUAAUACGUCAAGAAUUCAAGAAUUUAGCAACAUUAGAUGACAAUGACAAAAGUAUUACAUUUAAAGAGAUUGAGGAGCCACUAUCUCAGGAAGAGACAGUUGAAUUAGAAAACGAAAUUGUUUGCGAACAAGAACAAUGGAUAAUUCAAGAAUAUGAGAAGAUUUUGCAGGACGAGAUCGAAUAUUUCGCAAUGUAUGCUGAUAAUGAAAAUAGAGAAGUAUUCUGUCCCAUAUGUCAAAAAGCUAUACUAGGAGAAGAGAAUAAUUGUGUGAAUUGCCCAGUUUGUGAACUGAAAUUGACAGGUCGUACCAUGCAAGAAGUGAGACAUUUAAUUAACGAGAGUAUAAAUAUCCACGCAUUUAAUUGUGUCAAGGUACCGCUAUUCACGAUAAUACCUGAUAACAGUAAUCUCAAUUUGUAUCUGAUAUGUCAUGACUGUUCCACUUUGGCAUUGAUUUGCUGAUUAUUCAGCUGGUGAGCUUUCAAUUUUCUAAAAUAAAAACAUGCUGAAUAAUUAACAUAUUUUGGCGUAAGUAUUAAAUGUUAUCAAUAUCAAUGUGUAUCCAAAGAUUA